GAGAGAGAGAGAGAGAGAGAGAGAGUUCCACGUCUCACAAGGCCUUAGAUUGUUGAAGCCCCGAGCCCCCCAAUAAACAAAUUUGCAAAACUUGGAUAGUUAGGGAGAGAGAGUUAGCACACGGCUCACGCCAGCGUCUCAAAAUGACAAGUUGCAUUCCAUCAUUAAUAAGUAUCAGCAACCCUCCUGAUACUACUUGUUAUAGCAGUAGUUCCAUUUUCCAACUUCCCACUUGUUUUAAACCUACACCACCAAUCCUUCGUCUCUCUCCUCUCUGUUCCUCUUCUCUCUCAGACAUGGAUGUCACUGCAGGACCAAGUUUGUACCCGCUGCACCGCUGUAAAACUAUUCACCUGGUGAGGCAUGCACAAGGAAUUCACAAUGUAGAAGGUGAAAAAGACCACAAAGCAUACUUGUCUGAGGAGCUUAUGGAUGCACAACUUACCCCUCUUGGCUGGCAGCAGGUUGAUAAUCUGCGCAAGCAUGUCAAAUCAACAGGACUUUCCAAGAAAAUUGAACUAGUCAUCGCCUCCCCAUUGUUAAGGACCAUGCAAACGGCUGUUGGAGUUUUUGGAGGUGAAGGUUACACAGAUGGGAUAGAUGUACCUCCACUAAUGGUGGCAAAUGCUGGGUAUAGUGACCAUCCUGCAAUUUCAAGUCUAAAUUGCCCACCGUUCAUAGCAGUGGAGCUUUGCAGAGAACAUUUGGGAGUUCAUCCAUGUGAUAAGAGGAGAAGCAUUAGCGAGUAUAAGUCUCUUUUCCCUGCAAUUGAUUAUUCACUGGCAAAAAGCGAUGCUGACAUUUUGUGGAAGGCUGACGUUAGAGAGAAAAAUGAGGAUCUUGCUGCCAGGGGAAUGAAGUUUUUGAACUGGUUGUGGACAAGGAAAGAGAAGGAGAUCGCAGUUGUUACCCACAGUGGGUUCUUGAUUCAUACGCUAAGUGCAUUUGGAAAAGAUUGUCAUCCUUUGGUGAAGAGUGAAAUGUGCAAAAACUUUGCUAAUUGUGAACUUCGGUCACUGGUCCUUGUUGACAGAAGUAUGAUAGGGUCGGAUUCUUCAACAACUGAUUAUCCUGGGAAAAUUCCUUGUGGACCCGAUCUUCCAAGUGAUGUCGCGAAUGAGAAGUAUCCAGAUGGUGAUGUGACUAAAUAAACAUCUUUGGUAAUGGUGGGAAAUAGUGAUUCUGGAGCUGAUAUUCGUCAUGAUAUACCUCUCCAAAAUAAUCUGCUGCCAUAGUUCCAUCUUAUAAUAUGAAUGCCAUUUUCUUUAGGCAUUUCCAAAUUUUUUUAUUUAUAAGGUUGGAUAAAAAAGGCAUGUAAAAGUAAUAUGGUAUUCGAUUCUUUUAGAUGAUGACAUGGUUAGCAUUUUAUCAACCUAUGUGUCUUAGUACACUACUAUAUGAAUUAAAAGGCUGUGCCCUUAAGGGUCACCUGGAUUUCGGAUUGUUAA